AUGGCUGCAUGCGCACACUGCGGAAAGGAGGCGACCAUGCUUUGCAGCGGUUGUCAGAACGUGCCCGAGUAUAUCCCUGGAGACGCUCCCGGCACCGUCUACUGCAACCGCGAGUGCCAAAAGGCACACUGGCCUGUUCACAAGUCUCUCUGUAACAUCCUUCGCCGCCGCAAGGUCAUCCUCCGCACCGCCAAGACCCUCAAGGCCGCCCUCCUCGUGUACAGAGAGACGGUGUUCGACAUGGAGCUGAUCAAGCUCGAGUUCCACGAUGGUACUCUUUUCAUCCAUCAGAAGAUGCGAGACAUCGAGGCUCGAGCCAAGCGUGGUCCGUUCCCUAGCGAUGCCACCGACAAUGUUCAACACAAGGAGGCAGCCCUUCUGAACAGCCAGUGCACUAUGGCCAUGUCUCUGCUUUGCCCCUUGACCCGCAAGCUGCUUUCUGAGGUUGUCUCGACUCUCGAGGUCGUCGACCUGGACAUGGGAAAGCCUCUUCUCGAUGUCAAGUUCGUCCCAGCUCCCCUGAUCGCCGUUCCUCACACCGUCGUCGCAGUGCGAUGCCCGAGCCUCAACGAACGCUGGAUCAUCGACACGACCGGCGCCCAGUACGGCUUCAAGGAGGUCCUCAUGCCUUUCUGGCAGUACCUCGGCGUCCACGACAGCCAGCAGCUCAAGGAGGCCUGGGACUACGACCUGUCGGCCGAGUGGGACGUCGAUCACAUCUCCAACAUUGAGUGCCUGACCCGAUCCCAGGCUCAGCGUGACGACCUCGAGCUUGAGCGCAAGAUUCGACGACACUUUUAUGUGUUUGCUGAUGAGAAGAUUGAUCGGGACUUGCUCAAGGGGACUGAUGCUCAGUUUGAGGUGAAACUCACUGUCGUGAUGGAGGAUCUGCGUGCGCAUAUGCUGAGCCUUGAGCUUUGA